UUUUAAGCAUAAUAUUCAGUAUAAUAUGUUUUUAGAUAUUUUCGUUAACAGUACAUAACAUUUAAGAGAAAAUUAAAAUAAAGUGUCGGCAAAAUGAUACACAGCUUGUUUAUUAUAAAUCCAUCUGGGGAUGUGUUUCUUGAGAAACAUUGGCGAAGUGUUAUACCGAGAUCAGUCUGUGACUAUUAUUUAGAAGCUCAGCGAGCGUCUCCUAAUGAUGUUCCACCAGUUUUAGCAGCGCCUCAUCACUAUUUAAUAUCCAUACAACGAGGUGGCAUAGCACUUGUAGCAGUCAGCAAGCAGGAAGUGGCCCCUCUAUUUGUUAUAGAGUUUCUACAUAGAGUUGUGGAUACAUUUCAGGACUACUUUUCAGAUUGUACAGAGACAAUAAUAAAAGAAAAUUAUGUUGUAGUUUAUGAGUUAUUGGAUGAAAUGUUGGAUAAUGGUUUUCCAUUGGCAACAGAGAGCAAUAUUCUCAAAGAAUUGAUUAAACCACCAAAUAUUUUAAGAACUAUAGCUAACACGGUUACAGGAAAAUCAAAUGUAUCAUCAAUAUUGCCAUCUGGUCAGUUAUCAAAUGUGCCUUGGCGUCGGUCUGGCGUGAAAUAUGCAAAUAACGAAGCAUACUUUGAUGUUGUUGAAGAAGUAGAUGCAAUUAUAGAUAAAAGUGGUGUAACAGUGUCAGCAGAAAUACAAGGAUAUAUUGACUGCUGCAUCAAAUUAAGUGGUAUGCCAGAUUUGACCUUGACAUUUGUUAAUCCAAGGUUAUUUGAUGAUGUAUCAUUCCAUCCAUGCGUGAGGUUCAAGCGAUGGGAGUCUGAGAGAAUAUUAUCUUUCAUUCCUCCCGAUGGCAACUUUAGAUUGAUGUCCUACCAUAUUGGUUCACAAAGUGUCGUUGCAAUUCCUAUUUACGUGCGACACAAUCUUACUUUACGCUCAAAUGGCGACCAAGGCAGGCUGGAAAUGACUGUUGGACCUAAACAGACAAUGGGACGGACGUUAGAAAAUGUAGCUUUAGAGAUUUGUAUGCCUAAAUGUGUGUUGAACUGCUCGUUGACAGCCAAUCAAGGAAAGUACUCAUACGAUCCAGUCAGCAAAGUUCUUCUUUGGGAUAUCGGAAAAAUAGAACUUCCAAAACUACCAAAUAUCAGGGGAUCUGUAUCAGUAGCAGCAGGGGCGGACACUUCAGGUGCAAAUCCUAGUAUAAACGUUCACUUCACGAUACCGCAGCUCGCCGUCAGCGCGCUCAGAGUCAGCCGCCUCGAUAUGUACGGUGCUAAAUACAAGCCCUUCAAAGGCGUCAAAUACGUCACGAAAGCGGGAAACUUUCAUGUCAGAAUGUGAAUGUCUAUGGUCCGAGAAUGUUAAGGAGAAAUAUGAUAAAUCCGUUUUUAUCAGACCAUAAUUACACUCUUUAAAAGCUGAAAAUUAUAAAAUAAAUAUACAAAGAAACUUACUCAAAAAGUUGUCAGUUUUUCAUUAAAAUAAGACCACAUAUUGAUGAGCAUUUUCUUUGGAAUUAAAAAAAAAUAUUAAAUAUCCCUCCUACUUCAUCGUUCAAUCCGAUUUAAUAACGCAAGUUGAUAUAUUCUAUGUAUAUUUUUUGGUUUGAAUUUCCAAAGCAGUUAGCGCCAAAAUGGAAGUCAAAUAGCAUAAAAAAACCCACAGUGCAAUAUAUCUAUGGUGUUUUUUCUUCUGUUUAAGUCGGAACAGAUUAUAAAGCAUCUUUAUCCUAAAUAUUGUCACAAAACAUGAAAUAUUUUAUGUCGUAUAUUUGUACUAGCAUAUUGUAUAAACACUUAUGUUAUAUCUAGUGGAAUUUUUUCGUAAGUCCGAACUUUAAUUAUUUUUAAGAGAUUCGUUUAUGUAUGUGACGUUUGCUUGACGUCUGAGAAUCUGUUUUCGAGAUAUUAUAUUGUAUUGUAAAUGACAACACUGAAUUUACCACAAACAAAACUCUCCGGAGGACUUAUUUUCUCAUCUAUAAGUUUUAUAUCUAUAGUUUAGUGUAAUUAUUGGAAUCAUAGACGAUAAUUGUAAUCAUAAGUUUUAAAUUCCACUUCUAAAGUAUAAUUUUAUAUGUUAUCUCAAAUAAAAUACAUUUUACAGUA